UCCACCUGCAUGAAGAGACAGUCGCAGACACCAAAGAGCGAGCACAGCGUAUGAUUUUUCCAUUCAGCAAACAGAAAGCCUCAGGAGCUGGAAGAGCAUGGGAAAAAAGAAAAAGGAAGAGAAGGAUGGCCUUCCAGUAUCCAAAUGCCCGGAUAAUAUGGCCUUCAAACAGCAGAGACUACCAGCCUGGAGACCAUUGCUAACUGCUGAGUCUGUACUGAGCUCUUUCUUCAUCAUUGGACUCUUUUGUCUAGCUGUGGGAAUCAGCUGGGUCGUAGCAACGACAAAUGUUAAAGAAAUUAGGAUAAGUUAUUCUGAUUAUUGCUCAGAUUGCACAAAACUGAGAGAGAAUUCCUCUAAUUCAGAGACGCCGUGCAGCUGUACUAUCAACUUCAGUAUAACAGAGAGCUUCAAGGGGGAUGUCUUUAUGUAUUAUGGACUCAGCAAUUUUUUCCAGAAUCAUCGCCGAUAUGUAAUAUCCAAAUUUGAUGCCCAACUACUUGGGAGAAAUGUAACUAAUUCGGAGAGCAUCAAGAAACUCGGCUACUGUGCCCCAUUUUCAGUUUACAACAAUGGAACCCCAAUCGCUCCCUGUGGUGCUAUUGCCAACAGUAUGUUUAAUGACACAAUACUGCUAUUCUAUCAUCCUGAUGCUUCUACCAAGACUGAAGUACCUCUGUUCAAGACAGGAAACACAUGGUGGUCUGAUAAGAAUGUGAAGUUCAGUAACCCCAAACCAAAAGACAACCUAGUCCAGGCGUUUGCAGGAAGUGCCAGACCCCCUUACUGGCAAAAGCCUGCCUACGAACUUGAUCCCCUCGACCCCAAUAACAAUGCUUACAUAAAUGAAGACUUUAUAAACUGGAUGCGAGUGGCCGCACUUCCGUCCUUCAGGAAACUUUAUCGUCGUCUAUCUCGUGUAGACCUGUUUUCUGAUGGCCUCCCUGCUGGGAAUUAUACCUUUGUCAUUGAUUAUAAUUUUCCAGUAUCAAAAUUUGGAGGAAGAAAACACGCAAUCUUAUCAACACUUUCUUGGUGUGGAGGAAGUAACGUGUUCCUGGGAUAUGCAUACACAGUGACCGGAGCUGUCAUCAUAUUAACAGCCUUUGUCAUGCUGGCUCUGCAUUUGAAGAAAACACCAAAGAAGAAGAAGCCAUUUUUUGCAAGAUAGAACUGUGCAAAACAAUCACAAUGCCUU